AUGGGGUAUUGCAAUCUAAGAGGUUUGCUUGAUUUCUCUCUGCCAUCUGUUUUGUGCUUAGGUGACUGCCAGCUGCAAACACCUUGUCGAAUCCAGAAGUGCACCACCGAUUUUGUAUCCUUAACUUCACACCUAAACUCAGCUCUUGAGGGCUUUGAUUUGGAGUUCUGCAAGGCCCUGCGAGCGUACUCUGCCUGUACCUAUCGCAAUUCCAAAGUAUGCCGUGGAAACCUAGUUUACCAUUCUGCAGUGCUUGGGAUCAGUGACCUCAUGAGCCAGAGAAACUGUUCCAAAGAUGGACCUACAUCCUCCACCAACCCUGAAGUGACCCAUGAUCCCUGCAAUUACAGUGGCCACACGGAAGCCAGAGAACAUCAGGGAGGGGAGAAGACUCCUCCUGAUACUUACUUAUUUUGUGGCUUGUUUGGUGAUCCUCAUCUGAGGACUUUUAAGGAUCACUUCCAGACAUGCAAAGUGGAAGGUGCUUGGCCCCUUAUAGACAAUAACUACUUAUCAGUGCAAGUGACCAAUGUGCCUGUGGUCCCAGGAUCCAGUGCUACUGCUACAAAUAAGAUAACUAUUAUCUUUAAAUCAUACCAAGACUGUACAGAUCAGAAAGUGUAUCAAGCAGUGACUGAUGACUUGCCGGCAGCUUUUGUUGAUGGUACAACAAGUGGAGGUGAUGGGAACACCAAGAGCUUGCAAAUUGUGGAGAAAGUCAGUGGCAAAUAUGUCGAAAUGCAUGCCAAGUACAUUGGGACCACGGUGUAUUUACGCCAGCUUGGGCACUACUUAACAUUGGCCAUUCGCAUGCCUCAAGAGUUGGUCAUGGCCUACGAGGAGAGCCAGGAUCUGCAGCUGUGUGUGAACGGUUGCCCUUCAAGUGAACGUAUUGAUGACAGUGGCCAAUUAGCUUUGCCUGCGAUGGGGCAGUUACUCCCUCAGGGUGGUGCUGCUCAUCCCUGGUCAGUGUACACACUGGAAACUGCCACCACCAAAUGCCAUGAGAAGAUGCUGGUGAAAGACAUCUAUUUUUACUCAUGUGUAUUUGACCUACUCACCACUGGUGAUGCUAACUUCACGGCUGCUGCUCACAGUGCCUUGCAGGAUGUGGAAGCACUGCACCCCAGAAAAGAGCACUGGCAUAUCUUUCCCAGCACUGGAGGUGGUGGUGUGGGCAAGGGUAGCAAAUUCUUUGUUGGUCUUGGAUUUGUGUGUUUGAUCGUUGUUGUGGUUUUGUAGGGUUUUUUGUCUAUAACAAAGUUUUGAAAUAAAUAUUGUCAUAAUAUAUUAAGUAAAGAUGAGUAUGUAUGUAUAUACCAUGUAUAUGAAGGGAUGUUUUGUCUUGGGACACCCACCAGAUUGUACAUACUGUGUUAACUGUUUUCAUGUAUGUUUGAUAUAGUAUUCUUUGUAUCUAUUUGUUUUGCAGUUGGUAAAAUGUUUUAUAAUGUCCCUGCAUUGAGACCUGAUAGAAAGCACUUUAUUUUUAUAUAUUAAAUAUUUAUGUGUGUAUCCGAGUAACUAUGUAUUAUACAUAUGAACACGUGCAUAUAAUACUCAGUUCU